CUGAAUUUCUUCGGGCAGUUGUAUGAACUGGUGGAAGGAUUGACCCACCACAGAUUGGGAACUGCCACUUGACUGCUACUAAUAUCUGCUUUGCCAUCCAUAUAUAUAUAUAUAUAUAUGCUGGAACCUUGUUAUUACAUAAAAAAAAAUACAGGACGACUUCAUUUUCUUCUUCAAUGGCAAUGUCAGAAAUCUCGCGAUGUACUUAUCAUGUAUUCUUGAGUUUUAGAGGUGCAGAUACGCGCAAAAGUUUCACGGAUCAUCUUUACACAGCUCUGGUGCGCUUAGGAAUUCAAACAUUUAGAGAUGAUGAGGAAAUCGAGAGAGGGAAUAACUUAAAAGAUGAAAUUGAAAAAGCAAUACUACACCACUCCAAAAUUUCUAUCGUUGUUUUCUCAAAGAAUUAUGCUGCAUCCACAUGGUGUCUUAACAAACUUGUAAUGAUAUUGGAGCACAAGAAAUCCUCUAAACACAUUGUGUUGCCAGUUUACUAUGAUGUGGAACCGAGUCAAGUCAAGAACCAGACGGGAAGUUAUGCAGAAGCAUUUACCCAACAUGAACAAAACUUCGAGUCCGAAGCCAACAUGAUACAAAGAUGGAGGAAUGCUUUAAAAGAAGUUGCGGAUAUAGGAGGCAUGGUUCUACAAGAUAGGCAUGAAUCACAAUUCAUUCAAGAUAUUGUUAAGGAAGUUCAAAAUAAACUUCAUCUUAUUACUUUGUAUGUCCCUCUUUAUUUAGUUGGAAUAGAUUUUAUUGUGAUACAAAUUAAUCAGUGGUUAGAACAAGAUGGAGAAAAUAAAGUUGGCAUUGCAACAAUUUAUGGCAUUGGAGGCAUUGGGAAGACAACCAUUGCCAAAGUUGUUUACAAUCAAAACAUCCCGAGGUUUGAAAGUUUUAGUUUCCUUGCUCAUGUUAGAGAAACAAGUCAAGAUUACAAUGGCUUAGUUCGUUUGCAAAGACAACUUAUUUCAGAUAUCCUUAAAGGAAAAUCAUAUAAAAUAUACAAUACAGAUAAUGGAAUUAACAAGAUCAAAGAAAUUGUAUGUUGUAGAAGAGUUCUUCUUGUUCUUGAUGAUGUUGAUGAAUUGGAAAAAAUAAGAAAACUAAUGGGAACUCAAAUUCCUUUUCAUCCGGGAAGUAAAAUUAUCAUAACUAGUAGAAACCGAUGCCUAUUGAAUGCACAUUUUAUAAGCCAAAUGUUUGAUUCAGAAGCAUCAACUAGUUGUGGAGGCUUAAGCAAGCUAUUUGAAGUAAAAGAAUUAGCUUCGAGUGAAUCGCUACAACUUUUUAAUUGGUAUGCUUUUGGUCAUAACUUUGUGCCUGAAAGUUCAAUGGCAUAUGCAAGAAGUUUAGAGAAACACUGUGGUGGGCUUCCAUUAGCUCUUCAAGUUUUGGGCUCUUCACUAUCUAGCAAAAGAGUGAGUUCUUGGAAAAGUGCAUUGGAGAAAUUGGAAGAAAUCCCUGACAGCAAAAUUCAAAAGAUUUUAAGAAUAAGCUAUGAUUCUUUGGAAGAUGAUCAUGACAAAAAUUUAUUCCUUGACAUAGUUUGUUUAUUCAUUGGGAAGGAUAGAGAUUGCACGACUACAAUUUUAGAUGCUUGUGAUUUUUAUACAACAAUUGGAAUUGAAAAUCUAGUAGACAGGUCUCUCGUAACCAUUAAUGAAAACAACAAGUUAAUGAUGCACCAAAUGGUUAGAGAUAUGGGACGAGAAAUUAUUCGUCAAGAAUCUUCUGAUAUUGGAAAACGAAACAGAUUGUGACAUAAAGACGCAUUUGAUGUAAUAAAGGAAAAGAUUGGUUCCAAAACAAUUAAGUGCCUCACACUUGACCUAAAAGGAUUGCUAGAAGACAAGGCUAAAAGGACAAAUACAACUCUACAUUUUUCAAGGCAUUCCAAAAGUCAGUUUCUCAUGUCAAAUGAUGUUGAUAUGGAAACUCAAGCAUUUGCGAAGAUGAAGAGACUUAAACUGCUUCAACUAGAUUAUGUAAGAUUUAAAGGGGACUUCAAAGACUUUCCCAAAAGAUUAAGAUGGUUACGUUGGCAUGGGUUUUGUAUGCAAUCUUUUCCGGUAGAUUUUGAUAUCAAUGAACUAGUUGUUCUCGACAUGCGCAACAGUAAACUUAAACAAGUUUGGAAGGAUACAGAGUGUCUCCCAAAUUUAAAGAUCCUUAAUCUCAACCAUUCACAUAGCCUUCUUAAAACCCCAAGCUUUUCAGGACUCCCUAGCCUUGAGAAGUUGAUGCUCAAAGAUUGCAUAAAUUUGGUAGAAGUUGAUCAAUCCAUUGGUGAGCUAAAGAUGCUUACUUUCUUGAACCUUAAAGAUUGCACUAGUCUUAGGCAUCUUCCAAGGACAAUUGGUUCAUUAAUAUCACUUGAAGAGCUUAUCUUAUCUGGUUGUUCAAGACUUGAUGAUGUUCCUAGGGAGUUGCAUAAUAUGGAAUCAUUGAAGGUGCUUAAUUUAGAUGAAACUUCCAUAUAUCAAUCUAGAUUGGGGUUGCAUUGGCUCUUACUGAAAAGAAGCAAAGGAUUGGGUUUCUCUUGGGCAUCUCUACCGGGCUCUUUGGUAAAGUUAAGCCUUGAAAGUUGCAAAUUAUCUAAUGAUGUCAUGCCCAAUGAUCUUUGUAACUUGGCUUCCUUGAAAUCCUUAAAUUUAAGUAGAAACCCAAUUCAUUACCUACCCGAAAGCUUAAAAAACCUUACAAAACUUGAUGAACUUCUAUUGACUUCUUGCACUGAACUCCAAAUGAUUCCAAAGCUUCCGGUCUUGUUCAAUGUUUUUGACUGCAAAUUUAUUUUUGGAGACAAUUCUCCAUUUCAAGAUUAUACGGUAAUUCGUCCAUGGUUCUUUUCUUCCACACGAUGUGUUAUUUUUGGAUGUGAAAAUUUGACUGAGGUUGAAGAUCUAUUCAAGUUGGAACCAAUUGAAAACUUUGAAGCAGAAGAGAUUAGAAGAUUAUUCAACGUGGAUUCCAUUAACAGAAAUCGACUGCAACUUUAUAGCUACCUAACAGACAGCAUAAGGGUAGCUACCCCACAGGUCUUGCAGGAAUAUGGUAUAACAAGCACAUUUGUUGUAGGAAGUGAAGUUCCGAUUGGGUUUAAGCAUCGCACUGACGAGCAUCGAAUCUCUUUUUUUCUGCCAACACCAUCUCAUCCAGAUGAAAAGAUCCAUCGGUUCAGCUUAUGCAUUGUUUUCUCUUUAGCUAGUGAUCAAAUGUUGGAGCUUCUACCAACUGUCCACAUUUUCAAUGAGACCAAAAAGAUCAUGCUGAGAUAUCGCUCAAGUUUCAUUGGAAUUCCUCAGACUAACGAUAACACAAUGUUGUGGUUGAUUCAUUGGCCAGUAACGGACUGUCAGUUUGAAGGUGGUGAGCUUGUGAGUUGCAUGGCAGUGCCUAUUCAUCUUAGCAUAAGAAAAUUUGGCGUUACUUAUGAUUCAGAACACAACACUAGAUAUGAAUAUGGCUUUUCGCACUUAUCUACAGGAGAUGAAGUUUCCACAAGAAAUAUCAAGAUGGACAUAACUAAACACUUGCUCAGUUUGGAAUCUUAUGGAAAUGUUAAAGUGCAGCUUUGCAGUUAUAUAGAAGAAUCAAAAGUAGUUGCUUCCCCACAGGUACUAUACGAUUAUUGCAUAAUUACAGCAUUUGAUCCAUUGCCAUUUGAUCUCUAUGGCCAGUACUUUGGCCAUCAAGCUGGCAAGACUGAGGUUUCUAUAUCAGUGCCCCAAAACUCUAGUCGAAAGAUUAGUUGCUUCUUAAAUUCGAUUAUCAUUUUUUCUGCCAAGGAUGAUAAAACAUAUGAAUUUUUACCAUGCCUUGAAAUUGUGAACGAGUCCAAAGGUAUAAAGUGGACCUACUCUAAACAUUUCAUGGGAAUUCCUGAAACUAAGAAUACCUUAUACUGGACGACUUGUUGGAACUUUAAGGGUGAUGAAUUAGAAGCUGGUGAUCAUAUUAGUCUUCGGGUUCUUUCAGAUUUAUCUGUGCUAGAAUUUGGUAUUGACCUUGUAUAUGAUUAUGAGCUAGACGACAACUCAAAUUUUUUCAGUCAGUUGCCAUGGAUGAGUAAAUGUUUUAAGUUUCUUCUCGGGGUUUUUGUUAAUAUUUUGUCGAAAUCCCAAAGAAACUUCUAUAGGUUGCAUUAUUGUAUAUGAUUAUCAAUUGCAUAGUCACUUUAUAUAUUAAUAGACAAAAGUUUCUAGCUGUA